UUGUAGUUUUCAACAAUUGUUUAAAAGAUUUCCACGUUAUAGCUCUGGAAGGAAAAAAUAUCUAUCAAAUAUGAAGUUAAUUUUGAUUUUUGCCUUAAUUGCCACUUUCAUCAGUUUGUCACUAAGUCGUAGUCAGUUUUGGGGUAAACGUGUAGCUGGAGAUCGUAUGCUCAUAAGCCGUAAUGUCACAAUAUAUCCCAGAGCUAAGGUGAUACCCAUGCAUUUGUUCAAGUUCCCACUUGCGGGACGUUCCAAUGACCGCCUUAUCACAGCUGUACAAGUCUUGGAUAAUUUUCGAAAUAAUUCAGGCGCUACCCCCAUCCUAAAAGUGGGAGGUCCUGGCAGAACAUUUACCACCGUUCUAUUGCAGGGUCAAAGUGGUAGGGGCUUCAAUGCCAGUGUUAUACUGUAUGGACGUUAAUGAAAUUGUCUAUUUAUGAUGUGAUUCGAUACUGCUUAGUAGUAAUUAUUAAAAUUGGUUUUGUCAAUGA